GCGAAACGCGGUCACACCGCACACGACACCGCGAUUUUAUAGGAAAAAUUUGCAAUACUUUGUUUUAUAAACGCACAAAAUGGAGCCCUAUGAUGUCGUAGUCAAUCAGCCUGUGGUCAUAGAUAACGGCUCCGGUGUGAUCAAAGCCGGCUUUGCUGGCGAGCACAUUCCAAAGUGCAGGUUUCCCAACUACAUUGGCAGACCAAAGCAUGUUCGGGUAAUGGCCGGCGCCUUGGAGGGCGACAUUUUUGUUGGUCCCAAGGCGGAGGAGCAUCGCGGCUUGCUUAGCAUACGAUAUCCGAUGGAGCAUGGCAUCGUGACGGAUUGGAACGAUAUGGAGCGCAUAUGGAGCUAUAUAUAUAGUAAAGAACAAUUGGCAACGUUUACGGAAGACCAUCCAGUUCUACUCACUGAAGCACCAUUGAAUCCGCGUCGCAAUCGGGAAAAGGCCGCUGAGUUCUUUUUCGAAGGCAUCAAUGCGCCAGCGCUCUUUGUCUCCAUGCAGGCAGUUCUCAGUCUCUAUGCCACUGGCCGUGUAACGGGCGUGGUGUUGGACUCGGGUGACGGUGUGACGCAUGCAGUUCCCAUUUACGAAGGAUUCGCCAUGCCUCACAGUAUUAUGCGUGUGGAUAUCGCUGGGCGGGAUGUGACACGCUACCUGAAAACACUCAUACGCCGAGAGGGCUUCAAUUUCCGUUCGACAGCCGAGUUUGAGAUCGUGCGGUCGAUCAAGGAGAAGGUCUGCUACUUGGCGACCAAUCCACAAAAAGAGGAGGCUGUGGAGACUGAAAAGUUCGCCUAUAAAUUACCAGAUGGCAAGACAUUCGAAAUUGGACAGGCUCGUUUCCGUGCGCCCGAGGUGCUCUUCCGGCCCGAUCUGCUGGGCGAGGAGUGCGAAGGCAUACACGAUGUGCUAAUGUAUUCCAUUGAAAAGUCGGAUAUGGAUCUCAGAAAAAUGCUCUAUCAGAACAUUGUGCUGUCGGGUGGUUCAACGCUUUUCAAAGGUUUCGGCGAUCGUCUCCUCUCCGAGCUGAGAAAACACUCAGCAAAGGAUCUGAAAAUCAGAAUUGCUGCACCCCAGGAACGUUUAUACUCGACGUGGAUGGGCGGCUCAAUUCUGGCAUCGCUGGAUACCUUCAAGAAGAUGUGGGUAUCGAAGCGAGAGUUCGAAGAGGAGGGCCAACGUGCCGUGCACAGAAAGACUUUCUAGUUUGUUUAAAACCAUUUAAACGCUACGUGUAAAAGGCUUAUUAAACUCUGUAUCAAAAAUCAUGUGUCAGCUAACAUCAACUAUCCCUUAAAAAGAAAAUUUGAUUUAA